UGACCCCGCCCCUCGGGCGGCGGCGGCGGCGGCACCCAGCGCGCCUGCGCGGCCAUGGCGGCGGCCUGCGCCGAGAUGGAGCCGGCGGCGGCGCCCCCUCCCUCUCCGCCUCCCGCCGCCGCCGCCGUGGCGGGUUCGGCCGAGCUGGUGUGCGCGCAAGGCCGGAACCUGAAGGCGGUGCUGUGCCAGCGCUGCGGGUCCCGGGUGCUGCUGCCCGGCGCCGCCACCUUCGCCCGCCGUGAGCUCCUCCUGCCCGCCAUGAGGAAGAAGGCGGCGGCGGCGGCGGCGGGCGGCGGCGGGGACCUGCUGCGGGAGCACUGGCUGGUGCGCGACAUGUUCUCCUUCGAGAACGUGGGCUUCACCCGCGACGUGGGCAAUGUCAAGUUCCUGGUGUGCGCCGACUGCGAGGCGGGGCCCAUCGGCUGGCACUGCCUCGACGACAAGGACAGCUUCUACGUGGCGCUGGAGCGCGUGGCCCACGAGUGACACCGGCGCUGCCGCCGGGGACGGGGGCCGUGGCCCUGGGCACCUGCCUGGGGAGCCGGGCUCAGCCGCCGGGCACCCCGCCUGCCCUGCCGCCGGGCUGCCCCGUGGCCUGACAGCAACGGACUGAGCCAAGGCCCAGCGAAGUGACGGUGGCUCGGCCACCCCACAGCCUCGCCGGUUGGCAGCCCGCAGCCUGGCUGCCCUGUACCUGACUGACCACGGCCUGCCUACCCCACGGCUUGACUGACCUACACCCGGCUGGUCGCCCCACAGCCCGGAUCCACUGACUGAGCAGCACCAGGAAGCACAGCGCUGGCACAGCCAGCUCCUCACCUGAGCCCACGUGGGAAGGAUGUCGUUGGUGGGAGGGUUCCCUGUGACCUGCAGGGACAGCUCACCGUGACAGUUUUGCCAAAUAGCUUGAUCUGCCACCGUCUGGCUGCUCUCUGUCACUUCUUCUGUCUGUGGCAGCUGUUUUUCAAACAUGCUGAGACAUCCUUCAGGCUGAUCAGUUUGUGACACAGCCAUGUAACUGUGGGUGCUGGCACAAGGGCAAGGGGAGGACAGGACUGCUGCACUGAAUCAUCGUGGCAGCUUAAAUUGUCUGAACUACAGCCAAAGCAGUUACAGGGUUUAAGGCUGUAUCUUCUGUUGAUUUUCAGAGGAAACAUUCCCUGCCCCAAACCCUAACAUUUAGGUUCUCUAAAACCUCAUCCUACCUGACAACUGUACCCCAUUAAGAGCAUAUGGCACCCAACGUGUGUGUAAGGCAUUUUAGCUAACAUUGUAUGCAGUUUUAUUAACUGAGUACUUGGAAAUAA